AUCUGCAGACCUUCACCAAAAGGAGGGAAAAAUAUCCAAUUUUCAUCGCAAAAUUAGCUAGGGCGAGAGCAAAGGGCUGAGCUAAUUGUAGCCUAAUCCUCUGCCCUGCAGGCGUUUGCAAAGCCCUGAGCAAGAAUUCGCUUUUUUUCCUCCUCUUCUCCCUUCCCUCUGUUAUUUAGAGACGGGAUUAUUGCCUUUCUUCUCAUAACAGCCUCGGCAGUUUCAUUUAAAGGCUUUUUUUUCCCCCUCUCUCACACACACAUACACACACACACGCACAAAAUAAAUAGAAAAAGAAGCAGCAAAAGCAGGGGAAGAGCGAGGAGACAGAGAAGCUUUAAAAAUAAUAAUAAUCACAGCAGGAUCUGCGGAGCAAAGAUAGUAAUAAAAGCAAAAAGCUGAGCCCAUCCACACACAGCCCCGGCAGAGCCCAAAGCCAAAGGGGGGCUCGCAGAUCUCUUCUGUGCUCAAGGAGGGAAGAAGCAUGUCCCGUCUGUCUCUGACACGCUCCCCGGUUUCUCCUCUGGCUGCUCAAGGAAUUCCUCUCCCAGCUCAACUCACCAAGUCCAACGCUCCCGUGCACAUCGAUGUAGGAGGACACAUGUACACCAGCAGCCUGGCUACCCUGACCAAGUACCCAGACUCCAGAAUAAGUCGUCUGUUUAAUGGCACAGAGCCUAUUGUCUUGGACAGUUUAAAACAGCAUUAUUUCAUUGAUCGAGAUGGGGAGAUUUUCAGAUAUAUAUUAAGCUUCCUAAGGACAUCUAAGCUACUGCUCCCAGAUGACUUUAAGGACUUUAAUCUUUUAUAUGAAGAAGCAAAGUAUUACCAGCUGCAGCCAAUGAUUAAGGAACUUGAGCGAUGGAAACAAGAGAAAGAACAAAGGAAACAUUUCCAGCCUUGUGACUGCUUGGUUGUAAGAGUGACUCCAGAUCUGGGGGAAAGGAUUGCAUUGAGUGGGGAGAAGGCUUUGAUAGAGGAGAUCUUCCCGGAGACGGGGGAUGUCAUGUGCAACUCGGUGAACGCGGGCUGGAACCAGGACCCCACCCACGUUAUCAGGUUUCCCUUGAAUGGAUACUGCCGGCUCAACUCCGUGCAGGUGCUCGAGAGAUUAUUUCAGAAGGGAUUUAACGUGGCAGCUUCCUGUGGUGGUGGGGUGGAUUCCUCCCAGUUCAGCGAGUACGUGCUGUGUCGCGAAGACAGACGAGCACAGCCCACCCCAACAAUCAGAAUAAAACAGGAGCCCCUGGACUAGACCCUCCCCGUGCCCCCUUUGUAACCGUAGAAGUGUUUAAUAGUCCCUUAUGUGAAACACUAAGGAUUUGCAAAACAGUAUUAGCAAACAGAUUUGGACUUCAUGUUGCCCAUUAGUGGUACUCUGAAACUACCUGUCGCAUAGCCAGCCAUGGGAUGCAUUUGGAAAACCAGCGUGGCAGGGCUGGGAUGGACCUUGGGCUGACCAGCAGUGGUGUGGAACAGGCAAAGCUUUGGAAACCCUGGCCCUGGACUGGACUUCUGCAGCAAGAGCCAUGGAAGCAGUGGAACUGGCCAGCAGGAGCCCAGGGACAGCCCGAGCUGCGCUGCGGGGACGGGGGCGUCUGCGGGAGGAAGACCCCAAAAACUGCACUGAGAACCUUCCCUGACUGCUGCCCCUCCUCCAUAUCAGGCGUGCUUCACACCCCCAGCAUCACAGUCACCUGGUGAUUGUACCCACCCACAUGAGCAAAUGACUUAUUUUUAUACUACAUUUCCAGCUGAGGUCUCUCUCUGUGAACAGGAUCCAGAACCAGAAAAGGACUGAUUCAUAGUCACUGGUGCUUGCAGUACUUAAACCCCCCACAAACCAAACAAAGACAAGAAAUUAGGCAGGCCCACUUACGGCAAUAUUUGCAGCAGUAGGGAUCUGGAAGCACAAAAUAAAAUGCUAUCCACCAUCACACGAGGGUCACAUACCCCACGAGGAGCUGUAGCUCUUUUAAAGCCAGUCUUGUUUUUACACAGCAGCUGUUAAGUUUUGCAUCAUCAAAGAAGCGUGGUUCUACCAAACAAGCCACCCCUUGUUAAUCAUUUACUAACCAUGUUAGAAGCCCACAUUUAGCAGGAAAGUUUAAGAAUUUUGGACAAGCCCACUCUUUAUGGGUCUGGAAUUCUUGCAAAGAGUUGUUAAAACCCUGUAUUGCCAUUGCCAGAUGAAAGCAGGAUGCCGUCGGUUUAAA